ACUCGCGAACUUCGGAUUGCCCUGCUCGCUUGGGAACCUGAAGUGUCUGCGUCAGGCCGGGAGGGGCCCAAAUUCCCUCUGUGUGCGCAACGCGCAUUUCCUCUUUGGCUCUUUGCUUUGCAACAGGUGAUCCUGGUGCUUGGCUCUCAAUGGGUUAAAAUGAACUGAACCGAACUAGAUUCCUAGAGAGGAAAGGAAUUUGGGGAGGAGAAGGAGGAGUGCGGCGGGAUCCGCCGGAGCCAAAGCGCCUCCGUCCCUCCAAAGCCCCUCCGUCCCUCCAAAGCCCCUUCCCUGCCUGGCUUCUCACGCGUGCAGAGGAAAAGGGCCUUUGUCUUUCGCAAGCGCUGCACUACUGCCCCCUUCUGACAUCUGGACCUGACUGUACCUCUGAUUAGGAGAGUUGUAGCCUUGAGGCAGAAAUUGGCAGAAGACAAAGGAGUUCCUUCGGACCUCGUGGAAGCUUCCUUGAAGGAAAGAUGGAUGAGGAAGACUCAGCCGGCCCUGAAACAAGAAGAGGCCCCAACGCCAUCGAGACUGGAAGCAGUAGGGGAUUCUGGGGAAAAAACAUGCAGAAGGUCCUGGGUGAGGAGAACGCCUUCAGCUCAGAUGUGCAGCGGCAACAGUUCAGGUGCUUCCGCUAUCGGGAGGCCAAGGGCCCCCGAGAAGUUUGCAGCCGUCUCCACUAUCUCUGCCGUCAGUGGCUGAAACCAGAAAGGCACACGAAAGCUCAGAUGCUGGACCUGGUGGUGCUGGAGCAGUUCUUGGCUGUCCUUCCACCGGAGAUGGAGAGCUGGGUGAGGGAAUGUGGAGCGGAGACCAGUUCCCAGGCGGUGGCCCUGGCUGAAGGUUUCCUCCUGAGCCGGGCAGAGGACAAAAAGCAGGCACAGCAGCAGGUAAAGAAUCUGUUUGCAGAAAUGAACACUGAUCUCCCUGAGGCAGAGAUAACUCCAUUGAACACUAGAGACGGGCCACUGGCCGAAGCUCUCUUUGCAUAUUGGAGCAAAAAGAAUCUUAAUUUCGAAUAAAUGCUCAUGGCGUCUGAACUGGCGGUGACUGACCAGGAACGAGAUCUUAUGGUAGUAGUGCAUAGCUCAGUGGAGAUGUCGAUCUAGAGUGCAGCAGCUAUGAAAAAGACAAAAUCCCAUGCUAGAGAUCAUUGAGAAAAG